AUGCUUCAGAAAACACGCCUUGUCUGUGUUUCCGAUACACAUGCCUACACACCCUCUGAGGCAGGGUUCAGGCUUCCUGCUGGCGACGUCCUGAUUCAUGCAGGCGACCUGACCAACCAGGGGAGCAAGUCAGAGCUUCGCAAAACGAUGGGCUGGAUUGCCGCGGCCGACUUUGAGGUUAAAAUAGUGAUAAGUGGAAACCAUGACAUAUCACUCGACGCAGCCUUCUACGCCGAACACGGAUGGAAAUUCCAUAACCAGCAUCUAGAAGAUCCCCAGGAAUGCAUUGAAAUUGUGACUAGAGCCUCGCCCUCUAUAGUGUUUCUCAGGCACCAGUCAGCACUAGUCCGCUUGGCCCAGCCUAACGGUCCAAACACCAUCUUCAAAGUCUUCGGCUCCCCAUAUUGUCACUCCCCUGGCACAUGGGCCUUUGGAUACGAACCUGCCCAUGCGGCUGCCCUCUGGGAUAAUAUCCCAUUGGACACGGAUAUCGUCGUAACCCACACGCCGCCUCAUUCUCAUUGUGACAGCGGAGCGGCGGGCGCGCGAGGGUGCAAGGCGCUGCGUCGGGCGUUAAGCAAGGUCCGACCGUUGUUAGUAGUGUGUGGUCAUGUUCAUGAAUCGCGAGGAUAUGAGCGAGUACGAUGGGCUCAGAAUCGGCCAAUACCACUACCCUCAUCAAAUGCGACCCAUGACAGGGACGCCGACCAAGUAGUCAAAGGGGCGCUACCUCCCCCGGGAAGUAAAAAGCAAAGCCUUGUAGACUUGACGGGCAAGAAGGCGCCUCGCCUCGACAAUGAUCGCUAUGCGAAGACUGAGCCUCCAAAGUCGCCGUCCCAAAACAUCGUGUUGCUCUCACCUCCCAUUGACCAGCCACAGUCAUCCCAACAGCCUCUCAGCCGAGAGACCGACCGGCUUUCAUUUCCACCUGCCGACACUCAGGAAAACCAAACCCAAAGGCGGGAAACAUGCGUCGUCAACGCGACGAUCCUCGCAUCCAGCUGGCCUCACAAGGGAGGGAAACGAUUCCAUGCCCCUAUCAUCGUCGAUCUUGAGUUGCCAGUUUGGACAGGGAGCACUCACUGA